AUGGCACAAAGUCGGAUUUUGGAUCUCUUGAAGACCCAAUGCCGCAUCUUCUCUCUCAAUUACAACCCCGACCGCCUGCGACUCGGAAACAAGGUCUUGAGACAGCGCCUACGGGGUCCCACGCUUGCAUCCUGGUAUCCAAAGCAGACCAUCCCUUUCCGCCGGUUACAGGACAGCUAUAAACGGUUUGGAUUGACGACCUUUGACGAAGAUGAAGUCGACAGAGAAGAAGGAAUUCAGGUUACAAAGAUGAGAGGAAAGGGCCGGCCGAAGAAGAAGCGAACCGCCGCAGAGUCGAGGUCUUCCAGGAAGAAGAAAUGA